CAGUCUGUAUUUACUUAUCUUUGAUAUAAAUAUGAGGGCUUAAAAGCUCUCUGACUAAAGAUCUCACAGAUGAUUACCGCAGACUCACAGUAUAGCUCUAAAAUAGAAAGCAGCAUGUGACUGUUCACUCUGGCUUCCCAGGCUUCCGCUAGCAGCAAACAGCAGCUGCAGAUAAAAAUAGAACAUCGUAAGCAACCAGGAUCUGUAGUUAAAUAUAGAAGUCACUCUCCAUGACAGUAAGGAGUUCAGGACAACAAUGAAGUCUCUCCGAUUCAUUAGUGCCGAAGCAUUCGUGUCAAAUGCAGAGUUUGCCAGGAAGAGUCUCGGUGCUGUUGCCCAUGAUCUUUUUCCUCUUCUUUUUAAAGCCAGCUAUUUACUGGAGCAAGGGGAAGUGAUUCACGACUUGGUAGAGAACUGGCCACUUUUUGACUUUAACAUGGGAAAACUUUUGGGAGCUACUCUGGACUACCAAGAAGACCUGAGCCAUAGAACAUGCUCAGUGUGCUUGGAAAGCUGUCUGACAGGGCUGAGGGACUAUGUGCUGAAUCAGUCUUCUCCCUACAUGAAAAAGUUGAAAGUGGUCGACCUGACGGGUAUAAAAGAUGUUGAAGUUCAGUUCUGUAAGUGCAAGAAGACAAUGGGCAGGUGGGCCAGGACACAGCUGCUCUCUAAGCUUUGUUCAGAACUGCUGGUUUACCUGCAACAAGCACAGUGCAAUCCAGGUACCUUUGAAAUCAGUAUCAAUGUGCUAAUUGACUUGUUUGUUACAGAGCGUAACUAUGAGCUGGUCGUGCAGGCCCUGUUGAAGAAAUGCAGUUGUCCACUGAAAAUCUGCUGUGUGGCGUUCAGAUCUGACAACCUGACCUUGCAGAAAUUCUUCUAUAUCAUAAAGCUCACUGAUCCCUCCUUGUUGCGCAAACUGGAAAUAGUUCAUAAUGUUCACUUGGAAAUGGAACACUUGGAAAUACUCUUCAACAGCAUCCACUUCCCUCUACUGAUGUCCUUGACCUUGCCAGCACGAACAUUUAAUGUGCGGAGGUUCACAGCUACAGAUGAACAGAUGCUUUCUAACAUUGGAGAAAAGAUGGGUGAAAUGACGCAGCUCACCGAGCUGAGUAUGUCGUUUUCUAUACUCACUGGAAGAAUACAGAAACUUCUCAGCCCACUAAAAACUCCACUGAAGAUGCUGGAUGUUUCUAACUGCUCCUUGAACCAUGCUGAUAUGGCCUAUUUAGCCAAUAGCUUCCAUGCCAAUCACUUGGAAGCCCUGGACCUGAGUGGUCACGAUAUACCUGAGCUUUACCCAUCAACAUUCUUUAAGCUCCUCAGCCAUUGCUCUUCAGUCCUCAGGAGUCUUACCCUGGAGGACUGUAAUAUCCAAGACACUCAUGUCAACAUGUUGAUUUUAGGUUUAAGCCCUUGUCAGAAACUACAGGAGUUUAAGUUCAUUGGAAACCCACUGUCAUCCCAAGCACUUAAACACCUUUUCACAUUUCUCUGUGAAUUGCCAACGCUGAAAAAUGUGGAGUUCCCAGUUCCAAGGGACUGCUACCCUAUUGGCAUCACCUACCCCAUUGAUGAUGCCAGUCUUUGCAGGUUUGAUCACCAAAAAUAUGAAAGGGUAGCAGAGGAGCUUAACCUCAUUUUACUCCAAGCAAACAGAGAGGAUAUGAAGGCUUCAACACCACUCUUUGGGAGUUACGAUGCAGCUGUUCAGGAGACAAACAAUGAACUGGGAGCUUACUUGAUCAAGUCCUUCAAAGACGCUUUAGAGAAGUUCACUACUUCAUUUAACAAAAUGAGUUAAAGUUGUAAAACUGUAGUGAUGAGAUGAUCUGCCAAAAUCAGAACUUAAUUUAGUCUUUUUUAGAACUGCACCUUCAAUCAUCAGUUGUGAAUUUUGUUUAAUAUGUCGGUUGAAUUUACUAUUGUUUGAAUAGCCUCUAAUCACCUGAGGCAUUGUAACUUAUGCUAUAUCUAUUGCAUACACCUUACACAAGCUCACAAAAGAUGAGAAGACACUGAAUAGCUCAUUAUUUUAUACAAAUGCACUUUUUCUGAGUAAAUCAAAUAGGUGUUUAAGCUUGGCUGAUUUCUUAUACAGGUUCCCUUAGAUUUGUCAGCUGGUCUUGUAGCUCUGCAGAAAAACAGGGAAGUCCUUUCCCAAGUCCAGCAGGAUGUUCCAAAGAUUGUGUACAUAUCCUCACGUGUGGCUCCCUAAAUUAAUUUUUUUUUUUUGCUCAUGACCUGAAUUCACCAAUCUGUGUUUUACGCAGUAGAGGGGGGGGAAAGUGUAACAGCCUCCAUGUCCCUGUGUCUCUUUCUUCUGCAGAGGCAAGUGCAAUAAACAGAAUUUGUCUUAGGAAUUCUCCUUGGUUGAGGAGUAAAAUUCCAUACUGAGGAGGCAGCAAACCAAACGGUUGGCUGACAGCAGGGGAUUUCACCCCACUUACCCCAAAAAUAUUAAAGCGGUCUGUGGGGACUGCUGAUGUCCUUGCAAACUGUAUUUUAGAAAGGCAGACCAGGACAGUGCUGCACAGCCCUGCUUGUCAUGUCAGCUGCUCAGUGCCUCAAGCCACUCCUUCCGGGAAUCAGCUUCUUGGCUGGUAGAAUGUACCCUGCUCCUUUCAGCUGUUUUAAAGAAAGUCUAGGACUGUGUUAAUACUGAAAAAAAGACUAGUGUUGAGAAGACAUGCAAAAAAAAUAUUAAUCCAAUGCCAAUUUAAAAAAUGUGGAAAAGGGACAAGGCUGGUUGCUGAGUAACUAGAAGUUCAUCUGUGUAAAACACUGCCAGCCUUCUGUCAGGACUGUGUGUUCUCUACAGACUUACAACCAGUAUCAGGAAAAAUCUCAUUCAGUUGUCAGGCUUAAGUGCAAGGAAAGUAUUAGAGUGACAGAGUAAACAGAGUUCCAGACUCCACAUACACGGUGUUGGAGCAUAGGUAAAGGGCCAGCUGGAUGUCAGGACAGUAAGGGCCACAAGACACACAUCUGGGGAGAGCACUAUAAUGGGGCAGGAAGCCCUGAGUGGUAAAUGAGUGCCAUAGUCUACUCAGCUUCUCACCUGUAAAACUAGAGACUUGGUUAGCUUCUAGGUAAUUAAAAAAAAAACCAAAAAAACCCCCCUCAGGUUAAUGCACAGUAAAUACACUUUAACAGUUCAUGAAAACUUGAUCAAACAGGAAUGAAAGUGAAUGUUGUAGAAGAGCUGAGGUGUCACUGUAGUACUGAAGAUUAUUAUUAAGAUAACCAGGGCAGUUUAUUUGAAAUAAUACUGGACCUCAUCAUCUGAGGGUAAGGAAAAAACUUUCUUCAUUUAGGCAGUGCUGGUUUGUCAAGAUUUCUGUUUAUUCACAGUAAGAAUAUGCAAGCAACUUUUAACAUAAUUUGUUAAAAAAAACCCAAAACAAACCACAAAUUAAUGGACCGAGUACUAAGCAGAGCUUAUAGGUUCCACAGCAUGCAUUUAAAUGUGGUUUGUUUUUUUUGUUUUUGUUUUUUUUUUUUUAAGUCAACUUAUGUUCUAACAUGUUUUAUUGAUUAAACAUAUGAUGGUUAAAUUGAAUGAUCAUGACCUGUUUAUGUCUACAGAGCACUUAAAAAAUAAAAAGGUAAUCUAAGUUGCUAAGCUAA